AUGGCCGUCGGCAGGAUCGGCGAGUAUCAUCCCGGCACAAAUGCGUCAUGGGACGAAUGCGUCGAGAGGCUAGAAAUGUUCUGCGAAGCUAACAAGAUAGCGAAAGAAGAACAGAAAAGAGCCGUCCUGCUGAGUUGUUGCGGCGAAGAAGCAUACGGGCUCAUCGUGACCCUGGUGAAGCCAUCAAGACCGACAACAGCAACCUACAAGGAAAUUAAGACGGCGGUUCGCAAGCACCUGCAUCCAAGGCCUUCAGAGCUAUACGCAAGGUUUUUGUUCUACAAGAGAAACCAGGCUGCCGAGGAAUCGGUUGCGGACUACGUCACGGCGCUUCGGAAGCUAGUCGAAGACUGCCGUUUUGGCGACGAGCUGCUCCCGUUGGACAUCAUGAUGCGAGAUCGUUUCGUAUGCGUCCUCCUGAACGAAGCAGUUCAACAGCGACUUCUCGCAGAACACGACCUUCUGCGACCGCAGAAGUGA